GGCAACAUCUUAUUAGAUUAUAGUUGCGCUGUCUGCGUGUGUGUCUGUCUGUCUGUCUUGCUUGUUUGUUAUUAUUAUUAUAGCCUAGUGUAGUACUACGCCGCUGGCCUGGUCGGACAGCGACAACGAUCGAUAGCAAAUUGAUCAAUGAAUAAAUAAGUCGCAAAAAAAUUAACGGGCUUUAUUGGCAGUACGAUAUACGUAACAAAUCGGAAAAUUCAAAAUUUCGCAAUAUAAAUGGCUAAAAUCAGACAAAUAUUAAAGUUUGUAGUGAGACGACAUACGAAGAAAAAAAUUUGAACCGGUAGCAAAAUUGAAAAAAAAGUAAAAUCAAUGAAAGUGCAUUAAAUUGGUGAAAAAAAAAACAAAAAUCAAAAAAUACAGCAUACAAAUGUUAACGGUAAAGUGAAAAAGUGCAAUAAGCAGCAGUGAGUAAAAGCUGCUUAAAAACACCAUAAAAAAGCUGAAAGCAUAAAAUCAUACAACAUUUCAACGCAAGCAACAAAAAACACGGCAACGCCAGCUAAUCAAACAAGAACAACGCGUGCCAAAACGCCAGCAACAACGGCAACAACAACGACAACAGCGUGUGUUGCCGGUGCCAGGGCGGAUGUUGCAGCUGCUGCUGGUGCUGGUACACCCACAACAACAGCACCACCACUAACAACAACAACAGCAUAUAAAACAAACGCAAUUAUUAUACCACCAACAACAGCGGCCACAACAACAUUAGCAACUACAGCUAAUACAACUGCAUGCCUAACGGCGUCCAAUAAGCAUAAUAACAACAAUAACAAUCACAUAACACAAAUUAAUAAGUUUAUAAGCAGUGAUAAUACGCAUAAUCAAAAUAACAACAACAAACUGCAGUCGUCAGAAUUAUUAUUAGCAGCUAGCAGCCACCGAAUGCAGCCACAAGUGCCGCAAGCCGCUGGGACAGCCGAUAUGGAUUUGACGGCUGUUCAAUCGAUGGAUUGGUUUUUCAAAAAGGAGCAAUUUUAUCUAUUGGCACAAUUUUUACAACAGCGCGCUAACUUGGCGGAUAAGGACGUUGACACCUUGAAGGAUCAAUUAACCACCAACACAGACACCAGCACCACCAUCAACACACAAGCCAACGCUAACAGCAGCGAAAUACCGGCCGACAUAGACGACUUGAGCGCAGCGGCCGCGAUCGCACUCGCCGCCAACAGCAGCGCCUCCGCCACAGACAGCAACACAAGCAUUACCACCACAAACACAACAUCUACAACAAUCCCACCAAGCACCAAACUGCUUUCGCCCACCAGCGCUGCAUACAGCAGCAUAGCCGCCGCCGCUGCCGCGGGCUUCAACAGCCCGAAUAGCGUGCAUCAUAAUAAUAACAACAACACAAAACUGUUGAAUAGCGUCGCUGCGGCGAUAACAUUACAUCAGAACGGUGGCAAUUUGUUGGCCGCCACAACGAAUACACCCUCUCCCUCGCCGCCACUGUCCACAGACGGUUGUAGUAUUGCCGCUGCCGCUGCAGCUGCUGCCGCGUGUGGCAAUAGCAGCGUUUCGCCGCUGAGCGCCGCCUUGAACGGCGUCAACGGUUGCCUCAAUCCCAAGCUAUUCUUCAAUCACGCACAACAAAUGAUGAUGGAAGCUGCGGCCGCAGCCGCCGCUGCUGCUGCAGCAGCUGCCGUACAACAGCAACAAUCGCCGCUGCACUCGCCACUGCAUGCCGCGCCACAUAUAGACGACGACGAUAUGGAUGAGGAUGGCAGCCGCAGCGCUAGCGCAGUCGAUGGUAGCAAAUUGAUCACCAGUCUCACAGCGGAAAUGAAAUUGGUGAAGCGCGUGCGCGACAAUGAGCAUGGCGAUGAGUUGGACGAGGAGGAGCGCGACUUGGAUGCCGAUGAGAAUGCGAAUGCGCGCAAGCGUAGUCACAAUGCAACAAAUCAAAAGGAUCUGAUGGAGCAGAGUGUUGAUGCGAGCGUAUGUGGUCAAAGAACUGAUGAUACUAGCCUAAAUGUUAGCAGUAGCGAUAGCAAUAAAGUAACUAGUUGUAGUCUAAACAAAAAUAAUUGUGCAAGAAAAACAAAAGCCAAUGCGGAUGGCAAUGAUUGCAUUGAUAAUGCAGAUGCUGUUGAUGAUGAUGAGGAUGGCGUUGAUAAUGACGAUGAGCAUGCAAUGUCCGCCGCGGAAGUCAAGCGCAUGGAAAUUGAUGGUGGUGAAAGUGGUGAGAGUGGGAAAACCGAUGCCACAAUUGGUUACUACACUGGAAGUGCAACAAUUAAGUCGCAUGCGGUAGGAAACAAUCAUGCUGAACUAUUAGCUGCCAAAGAUAAAGAGAUUAAAGCACUUAUCGAAGAGGUACAACGCCUGCGCACACUCGAACAAGCACAACUCACACAAAUACAACGACUUGAGGAUCACUUAGAAGUGAAGCGUCAGCAUAUUAUACGCCUAGAAGCGCGUCUCGAUAGCCAACAAAUCAAUGACGCGCACAACGAAGCGAUCGUAGCCACCGCCAACAACACAACAGCAGCAACAGCCGCAAUUACCGCUGCAGCGCCCGCGACAUGUGAUGUUGUGCACGAUGUUGACGAUGAUGAUGAGGAGAAUGAGGAAGUUGUUGACACCACUGCUGACGCUGAUGCAGCUGUUGACAAAAUUGAUUUAACCACAACAACAACAACCACAACAACUGAGUCGCAUGACGCCACAGAAGCUAGAGCUGAUUUCGCCGCCGAUCGCGAAUGUGAGCAGUUCAAUGCGGCGGCGGAGGACACAAAUGCAACAACAAGCACAACAACAACACCGGCAAUUGCGACAAACAAUGACAACAGCGGCAGCACAUCAACAACAGCAGCAGUUGAAACGACACAGCAAAUGUCACAACAAGUUGGCGAGCCACAAAUCAAAAAGGAAAAUCACAGCCCACUCGAUUUGGACGUGAUUAGUCAGCAAUCGGCCAUAGCUGCUGCUGCAGCCGCCGCCGCUGCCGCUUGCGCCAAUGAUCCGAACAAAUUCCAGGAAUUGCUGCUUGAGGGCACCAAAGCGUUGGCGGCCGCCGCCAAUGCUGCCGAGGGAGCAGCCGUUCCAGCCAGCCAACUAUUGACCAACGCAGACGCCGACGCUGACGCCGACGCCGACGCCGAAGUCGACGAUGUCGCGGCCAGUGGCAACAACAGCAUAGCAAACGACGACGACGACGACAUGAAGUCGCCUGCAACGAAACUUGCCGAAUUGCCAAACAUGCCAAAAAUACCAAAAAUCGAAAUAGUCGAUGACGACGAUGAUGCGGAAGCGCUUGGCGCCGACAUGCCAGCGCACGCCGACAAUGAGCUGCUUGAGCGCGAUAGCUUAAAAACGGCUUACGACAAUGUAACUGCCGAAACGCAUGAAAGCGUGCAGCCGCCCACAAUCGACGUGGAUGCUUUGGAGACGACUGGCAGCAAUGACGCCAGCGCUGUCGUCCAGAAAUCGGAAUUGCAAGCGCUGCAACAACAUGUUGCUGACUCCACUGCAGCUGCAGCUGCUGCAGCCGCCGCCGCUGCGGCCGUUGCAUGCUUCGACGAUAAUGUGGAUGCCUUUGGCACAUUGCUAGGCGAAGAGUUGGUGAGCUCUUAUUGGCGCGGCUUCAAAAUGCCCACGUCUGCACCUAACAGUAGCAACGGCAGCAGCUGCAGCGGCGGCGGCGGCGGCGCWGUUUCCAAUAAAAUGCCAAAUGCCAAUAGUAUGUUUGCCAAUCAGUUGUCGCAUCGUUUGCCGCCGCCGUUGCCACCACAUCAGCACCACCUUGCCAUGCACCAUCACCAGCACGCAGCACUUAUGCCACAUCACAUGCAACAGCACCACCUGCAUCAACAACAGCAGCAACAACAACAGCAGCAGCAACAAAAUGCCGCCGCUACGCAGCAACAUGGACCUUCGUCCACCGCGCUGCUCAGCCAAUUAGUUAAUUCCACAUUCUCAUCAACACCACCCACUUCUUGUUCUUCUUCUUCCUCUUCUCUACGUACAGAUGGUCUGCUGCCACCACAUCAUCUACAUCAUGGCCACCAUGCGCAGCAAGGCGACACGCGCGGCGCGUCAGCACCGCCGCCGCCGCCCAUGCCGCCACAUCAUCACCUGCAUCAGCCACACCUCAGCGCUGAGGCGCAUCAUAAGUCCAGCAUGGAGGCGCUGCACAGCGGCAACAAUAGCAAUCACGAGCUAUCAGCCAACGCAAGCGCGUCACAUGCGCAGGAUGCACGCGAUGAACAACACGCUGCACUUAAUGGCAGCGGUAAGUCGCUAUUAGAGGACAACAACAACACACUGUGUGGCACACCCAAUGCUAAUGCGUCCAGCGCCGCUGCCAUGGCGGCCGCCGCAAUGGCCGCACAACAACAUCCACACCUGCCACCCGGUUACUUGCAUGCACUACCAUUCCAGUUUCAGGAUCGCGGUCAUUUCCGCUUCGCCGACGACUUACAGCUGCCGCCUGGCGCUUCGAUGGCUGGCCGCCUCGGUGAAUCGCUUAUACCCAAAAGCGAUCCAAUGGAGGCUAAAUUACAGGAAAUGCUACGUUACAAUAUGGAUAAGUAUGCCAAUCAGCCGUUGGACACAUUGCAUAUCUCGCGACGCAUACGCGAGCUGUUGUCAGUGCACAAUAUCGGACAGCGGCUGUUCGCCAAGUAUAUACUCGGUCUGUCGCAGGGCACCGUGUCGGAGUUGUUGUCCAAACCGAAGCCGUGGGAUAAGCUGACCGAGAAGGGACGUGACAGCUAUCGCAAAAUGCACGCCUGGGGCUGUGAUGAUAACGCUGUGAUGCUGCUCAAGUCGCUCAUACCGAAGAAAGAUUCUGGUUUGCCGCCGUAUGGUGGACGCGAGGACUCCAUGUCCGAUGAUCGCAUCGCACACAUACUCAAUGAAGCAUCGAGCAUGAUCAAGAAUUCCACACCGGGCUCACUGCAACAGCAAUUAAAAGAGGCCGAACAGCGACAGCUGCAACACGAGCAGCAUCGGCGCUCGGCGCAUGACGAGUCGCAGCACAGCAAUGAGGAUUCCAAGUCGCCGCAUCCAUUAUGCACCUCGCCAUUCUAUAAGAGCAACAGCCAAUUAAAGCAAGAGCAGGAGGCGGCUGCAGUAGCUGCCGCGCAACAGCAGCAGCAUCGCUUGCGUCAGGAGCAAGAAUUAACGCCCGAUAAAAUGGCGCGCAUCUAUCAGGAGUUUCUUAUGCGUACGCCACGUGAAGCCGCCUUUCCCAGUCUUCUACUUUCGCCUUUUUUCAGCGCUGCCGGUGGCAUGCCCAGCGGUUGUGGUCUGCCCAACAUGAUGGCAGCCGAUGAGAAUUUACGCCUCACUUACGAGCGUGAAAUGGCCAAAUUGCAACAGCAACAGCAACAACAGACUGCAGCAGCCGCUGCCGCCGCUAGUAGCUUGCCGAACUUCCCCAACUUCUCCAACUUGAUGGCAUUACAGCAGCAAGUGUUGAAUGGCGCACAGGACCUAACGCUGACAAAGGAUCCCAAAGACGCUAUAAAGGUCAAUGGACAGCGUGCCAUCGAACACUCCAGCAACUCUAUGGAUUCGCAGUGCGGUAACAGCAACAGCAAUACGGCCACCAUGCCGGGUAGUAAUAACAUCGGCGGUGGCAAUGCCAAAGACUUGCCGAACACCGACAGCUUGGAUCGCCAUUCCAGCGCCGGUAUGCCGUUGCACACGCGCAAGCUCGAAAGCAGUGGCAGUAGCCAUACACCGGUGCCGCCAACAACUAGCAGCGCGGCAGUUUCCAUGCACGGCGUUAGCAAUUCCACUGCACCCAGCCCAUUGAGCAAUUCGAUUUUGCCGCCCGCGAUGACAGCCAAUGAUGACUUCUCCGCCACCGCAAGCCCCUUGCAGCGCAUGGCAUCUAUCACGAACUCGUUAAUCACACAGCCACCCGUCCCACCACACCACACACCACCGCAGCGUCCCACCAAAGCCGUCUUGCCACCAAUCACGCAACAGCAAUUCGAUAUGUUCAAUAACCUCAACACCGAGGACAUAGUGCGACGCGUUAAAGAGGCCCUUUCGCAGUACUCCAUCUCGCAACGUCUCUUUGGUGAAUCGGUACUCGGUCUCUCGCAGGGCUCUGUCUCCGAUUUACUGGCACGCCCCAAACCUUGGCAUAUGUUGACACAAAAGGGACGUGAACCCUUCAUACGCAUGAAAAUGUUUCUUGAAGACGAGAAUGCUGUACAUAAAUUAGUGGCCAGCCAAUACAAGAUUGCGCCAGAAAAGCUGAUGCGCACUGGCAGUUAUAGCGGCACACCACAGAUACCGCAAGGAUUGGCCAGCAAGAUUGGCGCUUCGCUACCGAUGCAAAAAAUGAUGAACGAAUUGAAACUUCAGGAACCAACACAAGCCCAGCAUAUCAUGCAACAAAUGCAAGCCGCUGCCAUGUCUGCCGCAAUGCAACAACACCAGCAGCAGGCACAAAGCCAACAACAGCAUGCUGCAGCUGCUGCCGUACAAGCAGCACAGGCCGCUGCCGCCGCACAAGCGGCACACCACCAAAGCAUGUUGUUGACUUCACCUGGACUGCCACCACAGCACGCGAUUAGUCUGCCACCUACCGGUGCCGCUGGCAGUGCUGCUGGUCCGGUCACACCUGGUAACGAUAAGAAACCAAUGAUGAUGCCAAUACAUUCGCCACAUCAAGCGAACGCAAUGCGCAGCAUGCACCAACAUAUGUCGCCGACCGUUUACGAAAUGGCGGCGCUUACUCAGGAUCUUGAUACACAAGUGAUAACUACGAAAAUCAAAGAAGCUCUACUCGCCAACAACAUCGGUCAAAAGAUUUUUGGCGAAGCUGUGCUUGGACUAUCGCAAGGCUCCGUCUCAGAGCUACUAAGCAAACCAAAGCCAUGGCACAUGCUCUCCAUUAAGGGGCGUGAACCGUUCAUACGCAUGCAAUUGUGGCUAUCCGAUGCUAAUAAUGUUGAACGCCUGCAGGUGAUUAAGAACGAAAGACGUGAGGCUAGCAAACGGCGUCGUUCAACCGGGCCCAACCAACAGGAUAACAGUUCGGAUACAUCCAGCAAUGACACCAACGACUUUUACACCAGCUCGCCCGGUCCCGGCUCGGUGGGCUCAUCCGUUAGCGGCGCACCACCGAACAAAAAGCAACGUGUACUCUUUUCUGAAGAGCAGAAGCAAGCUUUGCGUUUAGCUUUCGAACUCGAUCCAUAUCCAAAUGUGGCCACUAUCGAAUUUCUUGCCAAUGAGCUCGGUCUCGCUACGCGCACCAUCACGAAUUGGUUCCACAAUCACCGCAUGCGUCUUAAGCAACAGGUGCCACACAAUCAGCCCGGUGCCGACAAUCCAAUACCCAGUCGCGAGAACACCAAUUCAACGCCUUUCGAUCCCGUCCAAUUCCGCAUUCUGCUACAGCAGCGUCUACUCGAACUGCACAAAGAACGCAUGGGACUGAGUGGCGCACCAACGCUACCAUACCCGCCCUACUUCGCCGCUGCAGCGCUACUCGGACGCAGCUUAGCUGGUAUGCCCGGUGCAGCUGCCGCCGCCGCCGCUGCAGCUGCCAGUGCUGGCGGCGAGCCCGACCUACACGCGCUCAAUCAGGCUUUUAAAGAACAAAUGCGUGGACUUGAUCUCUCGAUGAGCUCUAUGAAACGUGAACGCAGCGUCGACUAUGACGACGAACUCGACGAGAGUCAUCUCAGCGACAAUGAGUCGCUAGACGGUGUUGAUGGCGCUGCCGAUGACAAAUCCCUCAGCGGCGAUUACAAAGACGGCGGCUCCAGCACACCACGCAGCACGCCACUAUCCAACGCAGCCAGCUACUUACUGGGUGGACUGAAUGCAAAUAUGCGCAGUUCACGACGCAAACCAGCUGCACCACAAUGGGUCAAUCCCGCCGGUCCAAGCCUAAGCACCGAUACAAAUGGCAUUGCUGGCGCGACAAUGGCAACAGCAGCUGGCAUGCCACAAUCAACAGCCGCACAAGAACGCAUCAUCAAUGGUGUUUGCGUUAUGCAACCGUCCGAUUUUAAUCGCAGUGAAGCUGACGAAAACGCCGAUGUCAAUACGGAGGCGCAUAAACAUACCGAAGUAGGCGAGAGCGACGUGGAGCAACAGCGUUUCCUAGAACCGGAGGUGCGCAUUAAACAGGAGCAGGAAGAUUGUGACAGCGACGCUGAGGCAACGACGCUCUCAACAACAGCGCCAACAAGCGAAGAGAAGCUAAAAGUAAUCAGCGAAGACAAGUUACGCAUGGUGCGCCUACAGCGGCACAGUCACGAAGACGAAGUCGCGGCGCUCGGCGUGCCGACAACGAACACAACAGCGCCAACCACCGCAGGCGCAGCAAGCGUGUGGAAUUAUUAAUACAACUUGUGCGCUUACGGCGGCGUUUUGUUUUAAAGCUAAACAAGCACGUAUGCCGCGCAUGCGUCACUCAAAAUUGUGCAAUCUGUGGUGUCAAGCGCGUUUACACGCAGCAGAACUUGAACGAUUGGGCGUAAUUUCGUUUGUUCAAAGAUUUUUGCUUAGAAAAUGCGUUAUUCAUUUGCAAACUCGAAAGACAAUGAAGCGUUAUGUGAAAAUAACGGCAUUUAAAUGCUGUUUUUUGGAAUAUUAUUUGUGUAACUUUUGCCGUGAAAGACUGUAAGCUGGUUUAGUAGUUGUUUUUCUGUUAAUUAUACUUUUCUUUUCUUUUUUGUUUGCUUAGUUUAUAAACUCUAUUCGCUUAACGUAUUUUUACCAUUUAUAAUACUUCUCUUCAUACAUACAUACUUAGUUUAAAGUGUAAAUAGUUAAUAAUAUUAUAGCUUACCGUAGUAGUGAACGCCC